UAUUCAUAACUUUCACGCUACGCUACGCUUUCAUUUUGGGUCUUGACUUGGGACAUAACCCUGUCAUAGUGUUUUAUUAUUGUGGCGAAUCUUUAAUUUCAAAUUGAUUUAAUAAUAAUAUUUCAGUGAUUUGUUAUACUCAGAAUUUCAACUAGUGCUAUUUUUAUUUAAAAUUUAAUCGAGCAUGUGAUUUUGGAUUUAUAUAUUAAUUUUGAGUUGUGUUAGGCCUAAAUGGAAAUUUAGUAGCAGACGUGGAUAAUGGCUGGAGUUUUUGAUAUUGAAUUACAUGAUGCUGACACUGUAAAUAAUCGAGACGACUCGGAUGACGACGCAAUUGAAAUAGAAGAGGCGGACUACGAUGAAGAUCCCAACAUAAAUGGCAUCCCUAUUGAUUCGGAUGAUCAUGAGACGGUCCACUUGUCCGAACAUGUGGUCAACAUGCACAAGGAGAAGACAGGACCACAGGAUUUUGAACUGCGCAAGGUCCUUGGCAAAGGAGGCUAUGGUAAAGUGUUCCAAGUCAGAAAGAUUACUGGCCAAAACUCAGGAACUAUUUACGCAAUGAAAGUUCUCCGAAAAGCCGCCAUUGUACGCAAUCAAAAAGACACAGCGCAUACAAAGGCUGAACGGAAUAUACUUGAAGCCGUUAAGCACCCGUUUAUUGUGGACCUGAUGUAUGCUUUUCAAACGGGUGGCAAACUUUACCUCAUACUUGAAUACCUCAGUGGGGGUGAGUUGUUCAUGCAUCUAGAGAGGGAAGGAAUCUUUCUUGAGGACACUGCAUGCUUCUACUUAUCAGAAAUAAUAUUGGCGUUAGAACACUUACACACUCAAGGAAUCAUUUAUCGAGAUCUGAAACCAGAAAACAUACUGUUGGAUUCCCAGGGACAUGUGAAACUGACAGACUUCGGUCUGUGCAAGGAACACAUCCAGGAGGGCAGUGUCACUCACACAUUCUGUGGCACCAUUGAGUACAUGGCUCCAGAGAUCCUGACGAGAAGUGGUCACGGCAAGGCGGUUGACUGGUGGUCACUGGGAGCACUCAUGUACGACAUGCUCACCGGGGCGCCUCCCUUCACUGCUGAGAACCGUAAGAAGACAAUAGAGAAGAUCAUGAGAGGUAAACUGGUGCUUCCUCCAUACCUGACUCCAGACGCUCGCGACCUCGUCAGAAAACUGCUCAAGCGCACUCCUUGCCAGAGACUAGGUGCCGGCCCAGGGGAUGGGGAACUAGUCAAGAGACACCCCUUCUUCAGACACAUCAACUGGGCUGAUGUGUUAAGUCGUAGACUGGAGCCUCCAUUCCGACCUGCGUUGAGUGGUGAUGACGACGUCAGCCAGUUUGACACCAAGUUCACCAAGCAGACGCCUAUCGACAGCCCUGAUGAAAGCACACUCAGUGAAAGUGCUAACAUGGUGUUUCAGGGCUUCACCUACGUUGCCCCGUCAGUACUCGAGGCAUCAUUCAAACCAAGGAUCAUUCGAGCUCGGUCACCUCGCAAAACCAACCCGUUCUCUUCCCCAUUGCGGAACCCAUUUGAGAACCACCUGAACCCAACACCACCUGAUGAAAUGAUGGAGGUAUCAUCACCCCUGCACCUGGGCCCACCUGUAUAGCAGGCCCAGGCAGUUUAGGUUCUAAUUGCUGCGAGGAUCCCGCUUCUCGUCGCAUGUUAAAUAAUUACGCGAUCAUAAAUUAAUUUCUAUAUCUAUAAUCUUAGUUUUAUUUUCUGUUAGUUAAAUUAUUUGAUGUGAAUAGGCUUGGUUUGUUUAUGCUAGUAAGUCGUGUCAGCUUUCACUGUUUCGUUAUCGGUUCUGAUCAAUGAUAUUCGAGUCUUAGCAGCAAAAAUACUCACUAGGUGGGGGGUUGACUGUAGGAUUUUGUUUUCUUUAAAAUCACAUUUUUGCAUACAUCAUUUUGAUUUUUGUAACCCAACAAUUUUCUGGGACCAAUGUCCUUAUGUUUUUACAAUUUGAAAAAGCACAAAAUUAAUUUGACAAGACUAAAUAAACCUUUGCUUGCUCUAGUCAUGAAUCGUUAGCACUGAAUCCAUGUUGAAAAAGGUUUUGGUUCUAAAUGAUUAUUUUUGUUUGUUUUUAAUUGUUGGUUAUUGUACCAACUGAAGCUUAAAAAAAGACACAUAUUGCUGCUAAAACUGUUUUUAAAGUUCUAACUGGUUUAUGGUAAGAUUAUGUCCCUUGAAUAAUUAAUAUAGACU